AUGAUCAACGCUGUGCUCGUUUUCAACAACACAGGUCAGCCCAGACUGACCAAGUUCUACACCCAACUUGACACACAAAUCCAACAAAAACUCAUAAAGCAAAUAUACGAUCUCGUCUCCCAACGCCCCGCCUCAGCAUGCAACUUUCUCCCCCUCCCGCCUCUCCUGUCGCAAGGCGCAAGCUCCAAAGCCGCCAGCGGACCAUCCGACGCACCUACACAAAUCACAUAUCGCACCUACGCAACCUUGUCCUUUAUUAUGAUCUCAACAUCCACGGAAUCACCAUUAGCGCUCAUCGACCUGAUCCAAGUCUUUGUUGAGGCGCUCGAUCGACUGUUUCAGAAUGUGUGCGAGUUGGAUCUUAUAUUUGGGUAUGAGACUAUGCAUGCCACGCUGAGUGAGAUGAUUAUUGGCGGUGUGGUGGUUGAGACAAACACCGAUAGGAUUGUGGCUGGCGUAAAGGCGCAGGAGGGUUCCAGGGGAAAGAGGAUGGCUGUUGAUGCGGCGAGUUCAGUUGGGCAAUUGAGUAUACCUGGGUUCGGGCCGUGGCGGUGA